UUUAAAGAUGGCCGGAGCGGCGGCGGCGGCGGGGUCGGCGGCCGCCAGCGCGACCCCCGUGUACUGCGUGUGCCGGGAGCCCUACGACGUGAGCCGCUUCAUGAUCGAGUGCGACAUAUGCAAGGACUGGUUCCACGGCAGCUGUGUCAGAGUAGAAGAACAUCAUGCUGUUGACGUUGACCUGUACCACUGUCCCAAUUGUGCAGUUCUUCAUGGACCCUCCUUAAUGAAAAAGAGAAGGAACUGGCACAGGCAUGACUAUACUGAAUUUGAUGAUGGUUCCAAUCCAGUUCAAGCUGGAACACGAACAUUUGUAAAACAACUGCGAGCUCGUUCAUUCCCAAGUGCUGAUGACAUCAUUUUGAAAAUGCAUGGCAGCCAGCUAACGCAAAGAUACCUGGAGAAACAUGGGUUCGAUGUUCCCAUAAUGGUUCCCAAAUUAGAUGGCUUAGGUCUGAGACUUCCACCUCCUACUUUCUCUGUUCUGGAUGUGGAACGAUACGUAGGUGGUGAGAAAGUGAUAGAUGUUAUUGAUGUGGCAAGACAGGCGGACAGUAAAAUGAAGCUCCAUAAUUAUAUCAAGUAUUUCAUGAACCCUGACAGACCAAAAGUAUUAAAUGUGAUCAGCCUCGAAUUUUCGGACACAAAGAUGUCUGAAUUAGUGGAAGUUCCUGAAAUUGCCAGAAAACUCUCAUGGGUAGAAAAUUACUGGCCAGAUGACUCAGUUUUUCCUAAGCCCUUUGUUCAGAAAUACUGCCUGAUGGGAGUCCAGGAUAGCUACACAGACUUUCAUAUUGAUUUUGGGGGCACUUCUGUCUGGUAUCAUGUUCUCUGGGGUGAGAAAAUCUUCUACUUAAUCAAACCUACCAAUGAAAAUUUGGCAAUCUAUGAAUCGUGGAGUUCAUCUGUCACCCAGAGCGAAGUUUAUUUUGGAGACAAAGUUGACAAGUGUUACAAAUGUGUUGUGAAGCAAGGACAUACUUUGUUUGUUCCAACAGGCUGGAUUCAUGCUGUGCUCACAUCUCAGGACUGUAUGGCUUUUGGAGGAAACUUUUUGCACAACCUCAAUAUUGGCAUGCAGCUCAGGUGUUAUGAAAUGGAGAAAAGGCUAAAAACCCCAGAUCUUUUCAAAUUCCCUUUCUUUGAAGCCAUCUGUUGGUUUGUGGCCAAAAACUUACUGGAAACUUUGAAAGAAUUGAGAGAAGACGGUUUUCAGCCCCAAACCUUCUUGGUACAAGGAGUAAAAACUUUACUUACUGCUUUAAAGUUAUGGAUGAAAAAAGAUCUGGUAACAGAUCAUGCCUUUGAAAUUCCAGACAACAUUAGGCCAGGGCAGCUCAUUAAAGAACUCUCUAAAGUGAUUCGUUCUGUAGAGGAAGAGAACAGCAAACCAGUGAAAACUCAGGGAAUUCUUGGUGUGUGCCAAGUUUCACGGUCCUCAAAUGAAUCAGCUUCCACUCAUCAUUCCAGACGAAAAGCAAGGAAGCUACGAGACCAUGCUGUCAAAACGCCUUCUAAUUUGGACAUUCUGGAACUCCACACAAGGGAAGUACUCAAAAGACUAGAGAUGUCCCCAUGGGAAGAGGACACAUCAAGUUAUAAGUUGAACGGAAGGUUUAACAAGCCUCUUCUGCCAUCUUCAACUGUUCCUGAAUGGCGAACGAAGGACAAUGAUUUACGGCUUUUGCUGUCAAAUGGAAGAAUAAUUAGACAUGAGAGGAAGCCCUUUAGAGAUCCAAGUCUUUACACUGCGGACAGUGAAGAGGAGGAUGACAGGACAAAGUCAGAGGAGGAAGGAACUGUUAAGUCAGAAGAGCAAAACUCCCAGGAAGCAGAUGGCAAUGCAGAUGUCCAGAAACCACUGAACAUGUUCUUUGAAAGUGUGAAAUCAGAACUCAGGAAUGGAACCUCAGAAUACUCUGAUAUUUCUGAUUCAGAAGAAUCUGAGCCUGAUUGCACUAACCAGCAAAAGGAUUCCUCUUUAGAGGAGUCAGAAACCUCAGGAGACGAGAAACAGGAAGUAACUUCAAAUUUUAAAGAGGAAUCUGAAGUAACAAGUGACCUCUAUCAAUCUUCACAGAAGCCAUCGAGACAUGAAACUAUAAGUAAAAGGGAAUGUCCUACCUCGACAAGUACGGAGGAAGAAGCUAUUCAGGGCAUGCUUUCAAUGGCAGGAUUGCACUAUACCACUUGUUUACCAGGUCACACACAGAGCACAGACUGCACUGAUAGAAGAAGCUCUCUUCAGGAACACAGAAGCUAUCCCAAAAGUCGGCAUAAAGACAGGCUGUCUUCCCAGAGUCAUAAAGCAGAAAGUGGUAAGCACAUUAAAGAAGAAAAAGAUGUGGGGACUUUAACAUUAGCUACACCAUUGUAUGGAGUUUCUAAAGUAAACCCUCAGGACAUAAACAAAACUCAGAAAUACAUGAAGAAGGAAGGUGCAUCUGAAGCCAGUUACAAAAUUCAAGAAAACAGGAGUCAUAUGCAAAGUAAUGGUUUGAACUUCCAACCUAGUAAAUGUAUGCGGGACUCCAGCUUAAUUCAAGGGGAGUGCAGGCUAAGUGACGGCAGCCUCAGCCCCGACAGGCCAUAUGGUGAAACAUCCUUGUCUGUCCCUCUUCAUCCAACCAAGCGACCGGCAUCGAAUCCGCCCCCUAUCAGCAACCAGGCAACAAAAGGCAAGCGUCCAAAGAAAGGAAUGGCAACUGCCAAACAGCGCCUUGGGAAGAUUCUAAAGCUGAACCGAAAUGGCCAUGCACGCUUCUUUGUUUGAUGCAGGCGCAGCGACCACCGCUGC